UACACACACCUCAAACCAAGCACACAAACAUCAUCUACAAACCUAAAAUGCCUCCUGUUCUACGCCUCUUUUCCAACCCAUCGGCUGGGCCAGACCCUGAGCAAAAUGAAGGACUAUUUUGUCCCCUUCCAGCUCCUAAAACCUCUAAAGGUCCUGGGCCAAAUAAUGGGCCUAUAGACCUAAAUAACUUUUAUGGGUCAACCUCGAAUGCUGGUCCUUCUGCUCCCCCUAUUAGUAAUUCUGGUCCCGAUCUCACAAGUAGCUCCAGCUUAUUUUAUCCCAUUCCAAUUCCUAAUGUCUCUAAAAGUCCUGUGUCAAAUGCUGAACCUGUAGAUCCAGAAGACUUUUAUAGGUCAAGCCCGGUUUAUCGGGCUUCACCUCCCCCUAUUGACGUUAUUAAUUCUGGCUUAUUCCGUCCCGUUCCAACGCCUAAAGAAUUUGGAGCCCCCAACCCCCCUCUCUUUGCUCACACCAAUCUCCCCAAUCCCUCCAAUAUUUCUGAUUUACAAUCAGCCAAGACUGAGACAAUCCACGUAUUUCGCCAUGCAGAAGGGCUACAUAAUGUAGUUGCAAACGGUGGAAAUAUUCCCGAUCCGUAUUUAACUACACUGGGACUUACUCAGUGCGCCCAUAUACAGAGAAUAUUUCCCCAAGAUAUAGACAUAUUCAUUGCGUCGCCUUUGAAGCGCACAAUACAGACGGCUAUAUUUUGCUUUGCUAAGGCUCUCGAGGGAGGAACUAAGAAAAUUCACCUAGUACCUGAGCUUCAAGAGGUCGGUGGUUACCCGUGCAAUACCAUCUCGCCAUCCCGAGACCUUAUACGGGAAUUUGGGGACAUCAUAGAUGUUUCUCGCCUGGGCGUAUGGCCUACUCGUGAUGCGUCAGAAUCAGCGCAGGCCGUUCAGUGGCGUGCUAGCUUGGCUCGAGGAAUCAUCCAGCAAAUUAUCGAUGGUUAUAGAAUAGCCCGACCAGAUGCCGGUAACAUCAACGUUGUCGUUGUCAGCCAUGGUCAAUUCAUACCUUAUCUAACUCAGGACUUCACCGCACGGAUGUGGAACAAUACAGGCAAUAGAUCGUACCAAUACGCAAAGCCUACCAUGGACCUUGUAGAAACGGACGCAAGCAAAUCAGCUCGUAGCAGGGGAGAACUUACCCUAGGUAUCUCCGAAGAGGACAACAGACGAGGAAGGGAGUUACAGUCUGAUUUCGUAGCAAGAAGAAUGCUAGCCAAAGAAUCAAACUCGACAAUAUUCGACUUCUCAAAUCCGCUCAACCAGCAAUUCUACCAAUGAAGAGAAGCGAGUGGGGGAUUCCAUAGCAGAUACUUCGGUCCUUAGGUGGACAAACCCAAGUAACAUUAAAUAGUUAGUAUAAACAGCA